AUGACUACUCCUACUCAUGAUCCUUUGGUCAAUUUUGAUGAUGGUUGGAGGUUGGUGGGGAAAAAGACUAAGACUCAGAUUGUCAGGCAGUUUCAACAUGUUGUUACUAAGGCAAAUGCUUAUAAUGCCUUAAUGGCUGAUGAGGAGGCUGCUAAUCCUAUCGGGGGUGAUGAUAGGCUAAAUAAGAACCCAGUUACUAACUAUGAGGUUAGGUAUUUCCAGGAUUUUGUCCAUGACUUGGGGCUUAUUGAAAUUAAGAGUAAGGGCUCCUUCUACUCUUGGAAUAAUAAGGGUCAUGGUAUUGAUAGGAUUGCUACAAGAAUUGAUAGGGUUUUGGUAAAUGAAGCUUGGAUAUUGGCUUAUGGUCAAACUGAGGCCAUCUAUCUUACUCCUUCUCUUUCUGCUCACUGUCCUGUUAUGAUAGAGUUUGUUAAUGAUGUUGCUGGGAAAGUCUUGAAGAAAUUGAAAUAUGUUAAAACUGGCCUUAAAAGCUUGAAUACUCAUCAUUUUUCUAAGAAUCAAGAGACGACUGGAAUUGAGAAAGUAAAGUAUUGGAUGGAUACUUAUGAAAGCAUUCUAAAACAAAAGUCAAGAGUUGACUGGAUCAAGCUUGGGGAUUCUAACACCCACUAUUUCUUUUAUAUCGUGAAACAAAGGCAGAAUAGGAAUAGAAUUGACUCCAUCUAUACUGCUAAUGAUGUUCUGCUAAAGGAUCCUGAUUUAGUUCAAGCUGAAAUUAUUAGCUUCUAUCAGAAUCUGUUAGGUUCUGCUGCUAGUACUCUGCCAGUUGUUGGUGUUGCUGUUGUAAGAGCUGGGAAACAACUUUCUUCUAAUGAUAUUGAUAAUCUCUUUGCCCCUAUCUCUCAUGAUGAAAUUGAUCAACCUCUUUCCAAUAUUAGGGAUGACAAAGCUCCUGAUUUCUUUGAAACUGGUGUGCUAGAGAAAUCUUGGAGUUGUACUACCCUUACUCUAGUUUCAAAGAUUGGCAAGGGUUGUGGUUCUGUUGUUAAUAAUGAUCAGGCUGGGUUUAUUCCUGGUAAGCACAUUGGGGAUAACAUCUUACUUGCUACAGAAUUGAUCAAAGGCUAUGCUCACAAAUUUUUUACCCCUAGAUGUAUGUUGAAAAUUGAUCUUAGGAAAGCUUAUGACUAUGUUGAGUGCAGUUUCCUUAAGACUAUGCUUUAUGAUCAAUGGUAUCCUUCUGCUCUUUUUCAACCAAAGAAAGGGUUGAAGCAAGGUAAUCCUAUGUCCCCUUUUCUCUUUGCUUUGUGUAUGGAAAUUGAUUUGGGAUUUGUUAAAAUUCUUUUUGAGGCUUUUCAGAAGUUUUUUGUUGCUUCUGGUUUGUCUGCAAAUUUUGAUAAAAGUGAUGCCUACUUUAAGGGCAUUUUGGAUAAUGAAAGAUGUGAGCUCCAGCAGGUUCUUGGAAUGGCUAAUGGUACUCUUCCUUUUAGGUACUUGGGUGUUCCCCUCUCUUCUAAAAAGCUCACUAAAUGUAUUCCCUUGAUUGAAAGAGUUACAAGCAUAAUUGACACCUGGGAUGCGAAGCAUCUUCCUUAUGCUGGUAGAUUACAAUUGUCUUAUGGUGGUUGGAACUUGAUUUCCUUGGAAGAUUGGAAUAAAGCAGCUGUUACCAAGGUGCUUUGGGACCUUGCUAACAAAUCUGAUAACCUUUGGAUCCUUGCUUCUAGAGAUAUUAUGAAUGAUAUUGGAGGUUGGGAUAAUGUUACUGUCAAUGGCAAGAUGCAGAUUAAAAAGCUUUACAUUAUCAUUAAGCUUUAA